AAUCGUCUGCAUCUCUCUUUCCCCCCUCUGUCCUGCUGCUCCGGAUUCCCGCUCUCCCAGUUUUCAGAAACCCUAAAAAACUCGGAUUCUCUUCUGUUAUUUCUUCGUCGAGUCGAUUUUGCUGCUGUCUCCUCGCCACCCCCGUAGCCCGUCGGUCUCUUCGGCUUCGUCUUCUUCUUCCGAGUCUUUGCGACAUGGGGAAAGCUUCCAAAGACAAGAGGGAUAUCUACUAUCGAAAGGCAAAAGAAGAAGGUUGGCGGGCUCGGAGCGCUUUCAAGCUCCUGCAAAUCGACGAGGAGUUUAGCGUCUUCCAAGGAGUGAAGCGGGUAGUUGAUCUUUGUGCUGCUCCUGGGAGUUGGAGUCAGGUUUUGAGCCGAAGGCUAUAUGUGCCAGCUAAAAUGUCACCAGAUUGUAGGGAUGAUGAUCUUCCACUCAUUGUGGCAAUCGAUUUGCAGCCCAUGGCUCCAAUUGAUGGUGUUAUUCAAGUACAGGGUGACAUUACUAAUGCGCGAACUGCUGAAGUGGUCAUCAGGCAUUUUGAUGGAUGCAAAGCAGACUUGGUUGUUUGUGAUGGUGCUCCUGACGUUACUGGUCUUCAUGAUAUGGACGAAUUUGUUCAGUCACAACUUAUAUUGGCGGCAUUAACAAUUGUUACUCAUGUGCUUAAAGUGGGUGGAAAAUUUAUUGCAAAAAUAUUUCGGGGUAAAGAUACAAGUCUCCUGUAUUGCCAACUAAAGCUAUUCUUCUCUCAAGUUACCUUUGCUAAGCCGAAAAGUAGCCGCAACUCAAGUAUUGAGGCAUUUGUAGUUUGUGAGAACUAUUCACCUCCUGAAGGAUUUAAUGAGAAAGAUCUAUAUCUCCUGCUGGAGAAAGUGGGCAGUCCUUCUGGGGUUGAUGAUUUAGAUUGCCGAAGUGGAUGGUUGGAGGGACCAAACAAGAUUUAUAUUCCAUUUCUGGCGUGCGGAGAUCUAAGUGGCUAUGAUUCAGACCGUUCGUACCCACUGCCCAGCGUGGAAGGUGGUGGUUCCUACCGGAGUUUGGAUCCAGUGCAGCCCCCAAUAGCUCCUCCUUAUAAGACUGCCUUAGAGAUGAAAAAGGCCUCCAAUCAUGGGAUUGCAGAUAUGGACAAACUCCCUCUGGAUUCUUGACUCACUGUUAAUCUUUAUUUUGCCGCAGCGUUAGCAUUUACAGAGAGAUGCAACUGCAGUUUCUUUGAGUUUUGCAAAAGCAGAAAUGAUCUGUUUUCAUCAGCAGGCUUUUCUUAUUUGGACGGGUGGAUACAUUACAUAUUUUGGGUUCUAAAGCUCUAAACGAAAAAGAGAAGAAGAAGAAGAAGAAAAAACAAUAAUGCCAUGUUGCCUGUGUAUACAACACAUACAUGGGGUUUAGGCAUCAGUGUUGGUGUUUGCGGCCGGGCUGGGCUGGCGUUCGAGGGCUACGUGGUUUUGUUUGUUGAUGGUGGAGGGGCCGUUAUUUUUCUUUUUCUCUCUGUUUCUUUGUUUCUUUUCCUUCUGCAUGCUAUGCUGGCAUUUGGUGCCAUUUAUUGAUUGUAUCGACGGAAGGCAUCUUGGCCACCUACGCUAUGCUGAAUGUCUCGCAAAAAAACUCGGGCGCUGAAUGCCACGCACAAACAACCGGAAACUGGGUCUUCCAUAAUGGCUGUUUCUUUACAUUAGCAUGUUUAAUGGCUGGGAAGUUUUAAUUGAUUCAUAAAUGCAGUUUAAGGGUAUUCAUUUCA